CUCACUCUCACACCAUCUAGCGAAGUCAAAUUAGGCAGCUCUGCCAAAUCAACGUAUCGUCACAAAGCUUCCCUACCUCCUCUCUCUACAAAUCUCAAUUCGCAACUGCAGCACCAUUUACACCAUCUCUCCACCUACUUUUUUAGGCAAUUGCUUUUCGGAUUGCUGCUGCGAUCAGGAGCUGCUAAUCGAGAAAUUAAUUAGCUCUAGCAAAUUCUGAUGGCGGCUGUGGGCGAAUGGCACUGUGAAAAGAGGCCUUUCGAUAAGAGUGAAUCGUUUGCGAAUAAUAAUGAGAAUGUGCCUGAAACUGGAUGCCUCUCCAUCAUUGUUCUCGGUGCUUCCGGUGAUCUUGCCAAGAAGAAGACGUUUCCUGCGCUCUUUAACCUUUACCGGCAGGGAUUUUUGCAAUUAAAUGAUGUUCACAUAUUCGGUUAUGCAAGGACCAAGAUCUCUGAUGAUGAUUUGAGAGAUCGGAUCAAAGGGUAUCUUCCCAAUGGUAAUGAUGUCACAGAAGAUGUUAAAAACUUUCUAUUGUUGAUUAAAUAUGUGAGUGGUUCAUAUGAUGCUCCGGAAGGGUUCCAAGCACUAGACCAGGCAAUAUCUGAGCACGAGUUCUCGAAAAACAGUACAGAAGGAUCAUCCCGUAGGCUUUUCUACCUUGCACUUCCACCGUCUGUUUAUCCACCAGUCUGCAGAAUGAUCAAGAGUCACUGCAUGAAUAAAUCUGAUCUCGGUGGAUGGACUCGUAUUGUUGUUGAGAAGCCUUUUGGAAGGGAUUUGGAAUCAGCUGAGGAACUGAGCUCACAAAUAGGUGAACUAUUUGAAGAACCACAGAUCUAUCGUAUAGAUCAUUAUCUGGGAAAGGAAUUGGUGCAGAACCUGUUGGUACUUCGGUUUGCAAAUCGAUUAUUUUUACCUCUCUGGAACCGUGAUAACAUUGCUAACGUACAGAUUGUGUUCAGAGAAGAUUUUGGAACUGAUGGGCGUGGUGGAUACUUCGACCAGUAUGGAAUCAUCCGUGAUAUUAUCCAGAAUCACCUAUUGCAGGUUCUUUGCCUUGUUGCAAUGGAGAAACCUGUUUCCUUGAAACCUGAGCAUAUCCGGGACGAAAAAGUGAAGGUUCUUCAAUCAGUUCUUCCUAUCAAAGACGAAGAGGUGGUGCUUGGACAAUAUGAAGGCUACAAGGAUGACCCAACCGUUCCUGACAACUCAAAUACUCCUACUUUUGCAACAGCGAUUCUGCAUAUACAUAACGAAAGAUGGGAAGGUGUGCCUUUUAUACUCAAGGCAGGAAAAGCUUUAAAUUCACGAAAAGCAGAAAUUCGGGUUCAGUUCAAGGAGGUUCCUGGGGAUAUCUUUAAAUGUCAAAAGCAAGGAAGAAAUGAAUUCGUAAUCCGUCUGCAACCUUCCGAGGCGAUAUACAUGAAACUAACGGUGAAGCAGCCUGGGUUGGAAAUGUCAACUGCUCAGAGCGAACUCGACUUGUCAUAUAGACAACGCUACCAAGGGGUUGUCAUACCCGAAGCCUAUGAACGCCUAAUUCUUGACACAAUAAAAGGUGAUCAACAGCAUUUUGUCCGCCGAGAUGAGCUAAAGGCUGCUUGGGAGAUUUUCACGCCCCUUCUGCACCGGAUUGAUAAAGGGGAGUUCAAGUCCCUUCCGUACAAGCCGGGAAGCCGAGGCCCUGCAGAAGCAGAUCAACUGCUGGAGAAGGUGGGUUACGUUCAGACACACGGCUACAUAUGGAUCCCUCCGACGUUGUAAUCGCUUGCUCAGGUCACUCGUUCUUCUACCUAAGUAUAUUGUUUAGUACGAGGCAAAGACAUGAGCAAUAUGUAUGAUGAGUUGUGUGUUGAAUAAUUUUGUUUUUGAAGACAAUAAUAAAGGUUGAAAUCAUGAUUGAUGCUUGCUUUGA